AUGGCGAAGAAAAAUCAUAUGCCUCGUCGUCACGAUCGUCUUAGGCCUGGUUUGAAACGUGGAUCAGAACCCAUUACUAUUCACCCUGCUGCUUUGGGGGAGGAGCUUGAAAUUCAACAUAGAAAAAUGCAGAGGAUCAUAACUGAGAAUCGGCUUCUUAUUGAAGACAAUACACUUCUUCAAACAGAAUUGACAGCUGCAAACAAUGAGAUUCACAGACUGGGACAGGUCGUACUCAAACUUCAGGCUGAUAAAGAGGCGCAGGGCAGGGAGUUGAUUGAGAUUCAAAUGAAGCUAGAAGAUGAACUACAUGCUUCUGAGCCUCUAAAAACUGAGGUUUUGCAGCUAAGGGAAGAAGUUCAGGAUUUAAAUGCUUUCCGUCAGGAGUUAACUGCCCAAAUUCAGGGUUUGAUGCACGAAAUUGCUCAAGUAGAAGCUGAGAAUCAGCAAUUGGCUUCAGUGAGAGCUGAUGCUGACCAAAUGCACGAGGAGCUUGUUGAGGCCAGGAGAGCUUUUGAGUAUGAGAAAGCCAAUGAGGAACAAGUUGGCCAAAGGCUGAGAAUGGAAAACAACAUGUCGCACAUGGCCCAUAGAACUGAGAAGCUACAAGCUGAGCAGCUGAAUGCCAAUAGGAGAGCACAUGGAUAUUGCAUUCACUGUCCCCUGUGCAAUUGUCCGAAUGGUGCUGAGAGCUACCUUGUUUUUCAACUCGACGCUGAGUCUGAGUUGGACACUCCAGAGAUGUUUUCGCAGAAAAGAGCAAGGAGCAUGGAAUUGCGUUUUCGCACAGGGAAUCUCCAAUGCUUUAGUAUGCUGGGUACUAAGUGGUGGCAGUGGAACAGUGACGGUGAGUCAGUGAGAAUUCUGGGUGGACUGUAUUCGAGCUACUAA